AUGCCUCCAAUCCGGACAACCCGCAAUCAAAAGCCUCCGCCAGCAGGCUUCGACGACAUCGAGGAUACUCUGCUAGAAUUCAGCAAUAAAAUGAAAGAUGCCGAGAACGCAUCGCAUGAGGGCAAGAAGCGGCAUGAAGUUCUCUGGCCAAUCUUCCAAAUAAGCCAUCAACGGGGGGAAGGUAAAGAGACUGACAGAUUUUGA